AUGGAAAGAGAGAACAAACCAAGGCUUCCAAGCAUUUGGCGCAGGCUUUUGAACCUUAUCAGGGGCCACCUUGCUUUCAAACAUCUCAAGAAGAUAAUCCAGGGGCGGCCAGCGGACAAUCCUAACGGUCGGCUUCUGUCUAUCGACUAUAUCCAACCAAAUGGGCCUGGUCGUAAUGAAGAUGGUCGCAUCGAAAUCACCAAUCUUGCUCAAGGGGUCGAUUUGGGCCACCCUGAGGUUGAUGAAUUGGACAAUGUAGGUCAUCCUCAGCCACCCAUCAUCGAUUCAACCCAUGUUUCUACGAUUGGUGGGGCAACCGUAGGUGGGAGUGGGACCCCUGAGCUGGGUCCCACUAACACCAUCCUAGUGGAAAGUCCCACCGGUUUAAAGGUGAUUAUAACAGCUCAGGAUCUUAGUCCAGUGACAGACACAAGAGCGAGUGAACAUGGACAAAUUCAAGAGAAGUCACCCGAAGAACGGGUCCCUUCUGCGACGACCGGAGAUCAAGGUAGCAAUCCAACGAAGCCCGAACGGGUCCCUCCUGCGAUGACCGGAGAUCAACAUAGUGGUCUAAUGAAGCCCGAACAGGUCCCUCCUACGACGAUCGAAAAUCAAGGUAGCGGUCCAACAAAGCUCGAACGGGUCCCUCCUACAAUGACAGGAGAUCAAGGCAGUGGUCCAACGAAGCCUGAACGGGUCUCUCCUUUUACAAGCAGAGAUCAACGUAGUGGUCCAACAAAGCCCGAAUUGGUCCCUCCUAUUGUAGAUCAAAGUAGUGGUCCAACGAAGUCCAAAUGGGUCCCUACUGCAAUGACAGGAGAUCAAGGUAGCGGUCCAUCAAAGCCCGAACAGGUCCCUCCUGCGACAACUGGAUAUCAAGGUAGCAGUCCAACAAAACCUGAACGGGUCCCUCCCGCAAUGACUGGAUAUCAAGGUAGCGGUCUAACAAAGCCCAAAUGGGUCCCUCCUUUUAUGAGUAGAGAUCAAGAUAGCGGUCCAACAAAGGCCGAAUUGGUCCCUCCUAUUGUAGAUCAAAGUAGUGGCCCAACGAAGUCCAAAUGGGUCCCUACUGCAAUGAUCGGAGAUCAAGGUAGCGGUCCAACAAAGCCCGAACGGGUCCCUCCUGUGACGACCGGAUAUGAAGGUAGUGGUCCAAGAAGGCCCGAACGGGUCCCUCCUGUGACGACCAUAUAUCAAGGUAGUGUUCCAGCCAAUGCACCAAACCCGAACAAUUUAGAGAAGAAAAAGAACAAUGCCAUCGACAAAGAUCCACCGUCCUUAGAUCCUGUCCAGCUCUUAGAUAGAAGUUUGAGUAUAAAUACAAAAUCCGAGGCAUACAUAAGGCGUAAGAAGAGCGAAAGAUCCAGCAACGGUGCCUCUAAUAACAAACUGCCACCGCUGCUGCCGCCGCCACCACGACGUUUUUAG